AUGAACAGCCCAGAUCAGAUCCCCUUCAACACCCAACUUUACACUCCUCCCGCACAACCCAUCACAAGCACAGACUACUUUAGCAAGAAAGGAAACGCUCCCAAAUUGGCAGUUGAUGUGGACUUGGAACCCAGAACCGUUCCGUCGUUUUCUCACCGUCAUACCGAGGUCACAAAGUAUAUUUCGCCGGUGGACAAACUUAGUCCCGACGUAGAGACUCCGGCGGAAGUUGGCCCUGCUAAUUUUAUCCCCAAUAUGUCUCAAUACCGGUUUUUGCUUGUAGACGACAAUAGCAUCAACCUCAAGAUUCUCACGAAAAUCCUCUUACGAUUAUACCCGCGGGCACACAUUGUGGAGCUUUGUGACUCUACUUCGGUGUUGGCGUACUUGGCGUCGACACCGCCGUUUGAUUGUGUUUUUCUCGACAUCGAAAUGCCAGUGGUUUCUGGAACUGAAUUGGCGUACCGAAUACGACAGUCCCCAAAACUUUGCCGGUUACCACUCAUUGCGGUAACCACCAGGACACAAGAAGAAGAUUUGGCCCAAUAUAAAGAUGUGGGCAUUGACUGGACGUUUGGAAAACCGUUCAAUUACCCAUACCGAGUGGUGUUGGACGUGGUGGACAAUGUUCUUCGUCAACGGAUUAACGAAUUAUGA